AUGGAAGUCCCUUUGAUCCCAGCCCUAUCUCUGCCGCCAUUCGAUUAUACACCUCUCCAGCCUCGCGAGAUCCGGCUCUUAAGGCUAGAGCAAGGAGAAUUUCCAUAUCUCACUGUGUCUUAUGAGGUAGCUCAUCUCGACAAGAACCCAGACUUCAUAGCUCUCUCCUAUUGUUGGGGAGAUCCUACUCCGACUUUUCGAAUUCUCUUGGCCGGAAGUUUAUUUGGCGUCACGGAAUCACUUCAUCAAUUUCUGCGCCGGGCAAUAGAAUUGGGAUACUCAAAUUCCCGCUUGUGGAUUGACGCCAUCUGUAUCGAUCAAAAUAAUAUACAGGAAAGAGGUCAUCAGGUUAAGCUGAUGAAGGAGGUCUACUCCAAUGCUCAGCUAGUUGUCAUAUGGCUAGGAGAAGAAGCAGAGAACAGUGAUAUGGCCUUCGAGCUCAUCAAGGCGGUUCAACCAUUGUUGGCGACUGAUCGACCCCCUCGCUCAGAGGCAAUACUUCAAGAAUCGCAGGUGACUGAACCGGGAUCUAUGCAGUGGCAAGCGCUCGGAAAGCUAUUCUGGAGACCAUGGUUUAGCAGGCUGUGGAUCAUUCAGGAAGUGGUCCUGUCCAGACAUGCUGAGAUGCUCGCUGGAUCACGUUCAUGUCAAUGGGAUGUCGCCACCUCCUUUGCCGAUGGGGUCAAUCAACAUGACCUCUACCGAUGUAUAAUGAGUCACGAAGAACUUGCCGCAAUUCAGACAGCAACCCGGUCCUAUGUUGGGCCGGGCUGGCAGACUUUGCGCACCACUUCAAUAACGAGGAAAGAUUUGGCUCAGGGCAUCACGCGUAAGGCCGGUAUUACCUUGUACAAUUACGGCAAUCAGAAAGCCACCGAUCCAAGGGAUAAGAUUUUCGGCAUUCUGGGACUUGUGAAUGCCGACCAGAGAUUGACCAUGGAGCCAAACUAUUCAAUACACGUUGAAGAGGUUUACACGGAAGCCACUAAGGAGAUAUCUAGUACUGAGAAUACAUUGACUUUAAUAAUGGAUCUGGCGGGUAUUGGAUGGUAUAGGGCCCUCAAUCAACUCCCCUCUUGGACGCCAGAUUUCUCAGUCGCUCCGCAGCAAAGACCCCUUCAACUGGAUAACAACCGCAGUGCCAGCGGGUCUUCAAAGCUACAAUUAUUGUUUGGUACUGAUAACACUUUACAAAUCAAAGGACUUUUGAUCGACGCAGUGUCCCGUAUUGGACCUCUCUACGAAGACUCCACCUUUCCGACCCUCAGCUUUUGGCACUGGUAUCUGCAAACCACCCGUGACUUUUGGAAGAGGGGAGAGAAUGACGAGUCUUUCUGGAAGGCGUUGUGUGGCUUCUCGCCCUGCUCACAAGAGGGCAAAGAUACAAUUGACAACUUUGAGGGAUAUUGGGAGCAAUACUGCAGCGCGACUCCUGGCUGGAACGAACGCACAAGGACGUCCAGAAGAGAGAUUCCCGGUUUUAAUGUCGAUAAAGCUAAAAGUUUCACUCUUCGUAUACUCACGAUUUCCAGGCGAAUGUGCUUGACAUCCAGUGGUAGACUGGGAUUCACUCCCGAACGGUCGCAGUGCGGAGAUAUCAUUGCGAUUGCAUUUGGAGAACGUUAUCCAUUUGUAAUUCGACCACUUGCUGGAAUGGCAGGCCACCCGCGUCGGUACCAUUUAGUGGGAGUCUGCAAGAUAGAGGGCCUGAUGGACGGAGAAGCCACGGAGAUGGGGUUGUCAACAACGAAUAUCGUUUUGGUGUGA